UUCAGGUAUUUUCCUGUCUGUUUAUUAAUAUUAGGCCUACACCUUUAUUCAGUACGGUAGAUAAAUUCAAUAAUUGAAUUAUUCAACAUUUAUUAAGCCAACAAAAUACUGUGGACAAGGAACAGAAAAAAAGCCAAUGGCUUGUCUGUGCUGUCCCUAAAAACUACACAUACAAAUAGGGUCUAUGUAAUAAAGCAUAAUAAAACUAAUUAGGUGAAUUACAUUCAUUGAAUCAUUAAUCGUACUGUGAAAUAAUUAGAUUUUUAUAUUUACAUUUAAAGUUAACCACAGAACCCGAUUAAGAGCAAAAUAUUUGGCUACAAUAACAAUAAGCAUACAUUUGUAUGUUGUCAUAAGAGAAGAAAAGCAAAUAAAAAAAAAACAUAGAAAGAAGAAGUAGGCCUAUAACAAUUAUCCAGAAUUUAACCAAAUCGGAAGAUGGAUAUAUUAAAGUUUAAAUCAUCGUAAAUUUCUAAGCCAGCAACUACUCCGCAAAUCCUCCACCACAGGAAAGAUAACUUAAACUAUAUACAGAUGUCACGCUCACUAAGUUAGUAAGGAGCUUUCAAAUGCACGACGACGACGGUAGGACGUAUAACGUAAUGACGUCACUAAAAGUAAUCUGCGCAUGCGAGAACGUUAAGGUCACCUCGUCGAGCAGAUUCUGGAACCCAAUUUGGCCAAAUCUACGUAUGCAGAGAACGUAGGACGCCAGGUAGGACGGUCACACAUGAGUGAUUCUGUUCUAGCGUCGCGUCGACGCACCAUAGUGAAUUGACUAUGGUCGCACAAAUCGAAAGCUGCCUAUUAAGAAAAGUUACCGGUACUCUCUAAUUCUCUUCUGGAAAAUUGUCAAACAGGCCUACUCACUUCAUCUUCCGGCUUCGUAACUGGAGUGGCUUUAGGAUUAGCCUAUUUAUGACAUGAGAAUCGUGUGAACGCAAUGUUUUUUUUAAAUUUUUAUAUGCUUUCAGAUUCUGCAAUCAAGGUCCAGAGAGCUAUUAAAUAGAUACAACUGUUUAUUGUGGAUUUCUUGCAGGAAGUGACAUCAAUAAUAUGGUUUCAACGUUUUUAAUAUCCCUUCUGUUUUCCGUUGUUUUUGGAAAUCCAUUUAUCCAAAUUCCUCAGCAAGCAUCUGAACCUAAAUACCGUCUCGUCUGCUACCAUACAAACUGGUCACAGUAUCGGCCUGGAAUUGGUCAUUUUCAGCCGGAAGACAUCGAUCCUUCGCUCUGCACUCACCUUAUCUACUCUUUCGCCAAGUGCGAGGACAACAAACUGAAAAGCUUUGAAUGGAAUGACGAAUCCACAGACUGGUCCAAAGGAAACUUCGAAAAGUUCAACGAUCUUAAGCUCAAGAAUCCAAACCUGAAGACGUUGCUGGCCGUUGGAGGUUGGAACCAUGCAUCGACGGGUUUCACCACCAUGGUUGCGUCAAAAUCUUCGCGAAGCACUUUCAUAUCACAGACGAUCCAGUACCUGAGAAAGUGGAAAUUUGAUGGAUUAGAUCUGGACUGGGAGUAUCCAGCCGCCAGAGGUGGCGUGCCAGAAGACAAAGAACGAUUCACUGCAUUAGUUCGGGAAUUUAUAUCAGCUUUUCACAUGGAAGUCAAAGGCACCAACAAAGAGCGUCUUCUCCUUACAGCCGCAGUGGCAGCAGGAGAAAACAACAUAGUAAAUGGCUAUGAAAUCGGAUUGCUGUCUGUGUAUUUUGAUUUUAUUAAUGUAAUGACCUACGACCUACAUGGAAGUUGGGAUCCUGUGACCGGCAUGCACAGUGCACUUCAUAAGCAUCCGUCUGAGAAAGGAGGACCUGAUGCUAAACUUAACCAGGCCAGUGCAAUAAAAAUGUGGCUUGAUGGUGGUGCCCCAGCAAGUAAGUUAAAUCUUGGCAUUCCUACUUACGGACGCUCAUUUACACUCACUAACCCAUCGGAGAAUGGUAUAGGAGCACCAUCUACGGGGCCAGGGGAUGCUGGGCAGUUUACUCGAGAGAAGGGUUUCUUAGCCUACUAUGAGGUGUGCCAAAAAAUCCACGCAGGAGGAACUAAAGUUUGGAAUCCUAUUCGUAAGGUACCAUAUGCCUACUGGGGCAACCAGUGGGUUGGUUAUGAUGACUCCACCAGUAUCGCACUAAAGGUUGAUUGGAUGAAAGACAAAGGCAUUGGUGGUGCAUUAGUAUGGGCGCUAGAUCUUGAUGACUUCAAUGGAAACUGCCCGUCUGGUGAGAAAUGGCCUCUUAUCAAGACAAUCAAAUCCCAAAUGGAAACGAAUACACGUGCAAUAAAUCCUCCUGGAAAUGAAGAUGGAGUAUCUGCGACGACGCAAACGAUGGAAACAACAGAAUUUAGUUGCCAUGGAAAACCUAACGCAUUCUAUCCUAAUCCUACAGACUGCUUCUCUUACAUUGUCUGCAUUAGUGACGUCAGACACGAUGUCACCUGCCUGAAUGGCAAUCAUUGGAACUCAGCUUACAACCGCUGCGAUCCACCAGAAGUAGCAAAUUGUGCUGUGAUGCCUGUGACAACUACUCUACCUCCUACAACAACGGACAGGGUUACAGAUCCAUCAGCUUGCAAAGAAAUCCACUCUGGUGUUGCAUCACAUCCGUCGGACUGCUCGCAGUACUUGUUCUGUUAUCAGGAAGAGGUUAUCGCCACGCGAUAUUGUCAAUCGGGUACUCUUUUUGAUCCAACGAGAGGUUUCUGUAACGUUGCUAGCCAGGUCACUUGUGAGAAUCAAGAAACAACCGAGGCUUCCACCACUAGCAAAUCUCCUACUAGGUGCCGUGACACAAUGUCCGGCGCAGAAUCGCAUGACACAGACUGUUCUAAAUAUUACAUCUGCUAUCAGUAUGCUAUCGUUGCCACGCAAAACUGCCCAGACGGCACUCUAUUCGAUACUCGGUGGAAGUUCUGCAACCAAGCUAGUAAGGUGACGUGUGGAGGUGUUUUCAAGACGACGGAGGCUUCGACCGAGUCAGUGCAGUCUGUUUGUGAGGGUGUAAUGACAGGAGGACGAGUUGCACAUCCAAGUGAUUGUUCCAAAUACUUAGUUUGCAGUGAUGGCGCCAUUGCAAGUACGCAUGUCUGCCCUCCUGACAUGCUCUUCAGUCCUGAUCUGCUGUAUUGCAAUUGGCCAAGCCUUGUCACAUGCCAGGAAAGCCGAACCAUUAGGACAUCGUUACCACCUACCACAGCAACGCCAUCGCAAGAAGCAACAGAAACCCAGCAUGUGAUCUUAGAAGACUUCUGCUUGUCGCAACCAAACGGAUACUACUCGCAUCCAAAUGAUUGUAAUGGAUACAUCCGAUGCGUUGGCAGCAGGACCUAUAUUAAACAGUGUCCAAAUAACUUGCAUUGGAAUCAAAAUGCCAUGGCCUGUGAUUGGCCCCAAAAUGCAAUUUGCUCGUCCCAGUUUGCUGCGCAAGUAAGCCAACAAAACGGCGCAGAUAUUAGUCCAACUGAGUUCACUUGCUCGGGACGAGCAGACGGUCACUAUCCCGACGCAAAUAACAACAAGAAGUGGUUUUGGUGCGUCCACGGCCAACUUCAUCACAUGGAGUGUCCGAGUCAACUGAUUUGGGAUAGUGAGCUUCAAGUAUGCAAUUGGCCGUGAAAGUUUUAAACUAUAUAAUAUGCCUUCUAGAAGGCAUUAGUCAUCUGAAAACCAGACUAAAAUUCUAUAGCUUCUUGAUAAUUAAAUAUGAAUUAUUAAACCUCUUUUAAUGUGUUGUACUAGCUAGGCUACCUCUCGUCACGUACACUGUAAAAACAGCGUGGAGCAUUUAAACACAACGCCCUCGUUUUUGGCGACACGUUUAAAA